UCUUUAAAAACUCAGUUCGCGGAAGUACAGUCAGUGGAAGGUUUAUAAAUAUUCUGUCCGUACCGAAUUGGAAGACAAUUGCAAGCUGUGCUUUCCGCUGUACAUUCACCACUAUUAAACAAAACUAGAGCUGCUGAUCAUGGAGAGUUUGGCCAGUGCAAACACCAGCUUCGCCCUGGACCUCUUUAAGAAGCUCAGUAAUGACAGAAAAGCAGGGAACAUAUUCUACUCCCCCCUGAGCAUCUCCUCCGCUCUGGCCAUGGUGUAUCUGGGGGCUCGGGGGAACACAGCAGCUGAGAUGGCACAGUCCGUCCACUUUAACAAGUCUCAGGAUGAUGUGCACUCUGGAUUCAGAGCGCUGAUCUCUGACAUCAACAAACAGGGCGCGCCCUAUAAAUUGUGUUUGGCUAAUCGCCUGUAUGGAGAGAAAUCAUUUGACUUUGUCAAGGAAUUCAUUCAGGACACCAAGAAAUUCUACCAGGCUGAGCUGGAAGCCGUUGAUUUUGUAAAUGCAUCAGAAGCAGCCAGACAGAACAUCAACUCUUGGGUGCAGAGCCAGACACAGGACAAAAUCCAGAACUUGUUGGCUAAAGGGACUGUUGAUGAUCUGACCAGACUUGUCCUGGUGAAUGCCAUCUAUUUCAAAGGAAACUGGGGGAAGAAGUUCAGCGAGAGUGAAACAAGAGAAAGGUCUUUCCGACUGAGCAAGAAUGGAACAAAGCCUGUGCAGAUGAUGCAACAGAAAGCCAAGUUUAACCUCUCAUUCAUUCCUGAAGUGAACAGUCAGAUUAUAGAGCUCCCAUAUGUUGGCGAUGAGCUGAGCAUGCUCAUCAUCUUACCUACAGAAAUUGAAGAUGAUUCCACUGGACUGGAGAAGCUUGAAAGGGAGCUCACCUUUGAAAAUCUCAUGAAGUGGACUAAGCCAGAAAUGAUGGGCAACACUGAGGUGACCGUGACCCUGCCAAAAUUCAAGCUGGAGGAGACCUAUGACCUCAAGUCAGUUCUGAUCAGCUUGGGCAUGGUAGAUGCCUUUGAUGUUUGCAAGUCUGAUUUCUCUGGCAUGUCUCCCAAUAAUGAACUAGUGCUGUCGAAGGUGGUGCACAAGUCCUUUGUGGAGGUGAAUGAGGAGGGCACAGAGGCAGCAGGUGCCACUGGGGCCAUCAUGAGGCUACGCUGUGCAAGGAUCCCUGUACAGUUCAAUGCUGACCACCCAUUCCUGUUCUUCAUUAGGCACAACAAAACCCGCAACAUCCUUUUCUAUGGCAGGUUCAGCUCUCCUUAAGUCUGCACCUCUGUAGAGUUGGUCACACUCUGAUUUUUGCCUUACACCCUUAUGUCUUAUCACAUAAUACAGUAUGAGACAUCUCCAGCAACCGAACUUGGGGUGAGCCCAUUCCCUCUUCCCCUCACCCUACCCACUCUUGUUCUCGCACUUGGUUUUCUUAUCUGUCGCUUCGAACGGUACUCCCGACUGCUGUUUAACUUGGCUAUUUAUAGUUUAAAAACUACUCAUUAAAGUAAUCCACGAGUGGGAAUGUUACCUUUUUUUUUUUUUUUUUUUU